CCUUCAUUCUCAUCAAAAACCAAAAUCAUAUCCUAUAAUUUUGAGUAGCAAAUAUGAGUUCCAAAGUGCUUCUUCUCCUCGGCCUUGUCUUGGCUGUGGCUCUUCUCAUCUCUUCAGAUGUAGCUUCAGCUAGAGAGCUUGCUUCCGUUAAUCCUUCGGAGGAAACCGAUGGGCGCAGCGGAUACGAUCGGGGCGGACAUGUCGGAGGAGGAUACGGUGGCCGUGGAGGCGGAUACAGAGGUGGAGGAGGUCACGGAGGCCGUGGAGGCGGAUACGGAGGCGGACGUGGAGACAGAGGAGGGAAGUGCCCCAAUCCACACGGGUGCUGAGGGAAGAUCGGUUACCGAUGCUGCAGCUAUGGCGCCGAGCCUCACAACUAAGCACUUGUACUACUUUGUAUCUAAAAAACGCCAUCAAUAAAAUGCAUUGGUAUAUUUGUAUCUCA